UUGGGGGGUGCAGGCCCAGGAGCCGCACGGGGCAGGGCUCAGGCCGGACCCGCAGCCUCCAACAAGGCUGUGUCCAACACCAGGGGCCACAAAGGUGUACUGUGAGAGAAAGAGACUGCAAAGCACGUACCCAGCUCUCUCUGGAGACUGUCACGAGAAGCAGUCGUGGUUUCAGGUGGCGCUCCCAGGCCAGGGGUUACCGCCGGGAGGGAGCGGUGACCCCGUAGGCCAAGCUCAGCAAAGCCGCUCCCGGAGCAGUGCUUCAGGGCACAGGAGGGAAAAUGUCUGCACUUACACCUGAUGCCUGAAAGUUCAGUGACUUUGGAGUAUUUCUGCCACACUGACUGCAGGAAGCCUUCCCUGGCAACGUGGCUGUUUUCCACCUGAGCUUCAGAACCAAGUGCUGACUGACCCAGAAGGGUGUUGGAAGAGUGAUACAGGUAAAGGCGCCUAGGACACUGCCAGCAGCUCAUACAGGAAAGGAAUGCAUGAUAAAGCAUCAGAUAAGCUUCCUGCAGACCCUUAGGGCCAGAAUCAGGGGGCUGACAGUAACCUGGGAUCCACAGUAGUCACAAAACUUCAGGUUUUAGCACUGAUACAGCACAACAGCAGGAAAACGAUGCAGUUCUGUCUCCAGUCCAAAAUCUGGGCCAAGAUUUUGGGAGGAAGACCUGACAUGCCAAAACCAGCUUCCUUUAACGCUUGUUUCACCCGGCCUCUUCAGGCAUCCCUAAAAGGUCCGGAAGCAAAAAUGCUGUAGAGCUUCCUUAUGUAGAGCUGUGGGCACUGAGCAGACACACUCAGUGCCCAGAGGCUCCUUCACCCGGCCUCCUGCACCUGCCCCAUUGUGCCCUUCCCUUUCUCCCCCUCAGUGACAGCCAGGCAUCCACCUUCCUGUCCAGACAGGUCCUGCAUUGACCCAAUUCCAGCAUCACGGCUGGAAGGGCUGGGGGUUUGGUCUGGAUUUUUUUGGUUUAUAUCUGAAUCAAAAUGGACAUCCACAUUUUUACAGCCUCAUCAACUGCUGUAGGGAGGAGGACUCAGUUAUUUCUCCAGUAAAAUAAAUCCCUUGGUUUCUUUCCCCCGCUAGCCCUCCUGAGUCAUUCAAGGUUACUCAAAAAGCUUUUGAUAUGCCUAAAAAUUUCAGAGGAGAGGAACACAUUUCCAACAAAAGCACAGCCUGAACAUCGCAGCCUGACCCAAGUAACAGCAGGGAGCUGCCCAGUGUCUGUCACUACAGCUGGAGACCUGCCUGGCACCCAGCAGCCUCAAAGUCAAAGACAGCUGCAGAAGAGACCAAGCCCUUCCUACACCCACAGCAGCCCAAGGCACAAGCCCCAUGUGAGUAAGGAGAGGCACCCAAACUGCAUUUCUGGAGUGCUUUUCACCUCUCACUGAUAAGCCCUCCUGGGUCUUCCUGCUCCACCGCAGCCAUGCCAGGAUUGGUGAAAGGAGCACGAGGGAUGGAUUGCAAGACAGCAACUUCAUAUUGGUGUCGGGUGCUGCAGCUCGGUGCCAUAUUUUAGCAAACAUGUCACUGGUCACACACAGAGGUCAGUGACACUUUCUAAAGAUCUGCACGCAUGGAAUGCCAGACCCUGGGACCAGCCAAGGGACGAGAGGCUUGCAGUCUUCUUGUAUGAGGCACUGCUCCACAGAGGUAAAGAGGCUGAAUUGCUCAACAGUAUAUUGUAUUUUAAUCUAAUCUUGUGAAAUCAGGAUGUACUAGAGAUGAUGCAUUCCCUUUUCCUCCUACAGCAAAACAUAUAGGAGUUUAGACAGCUGCCAGCAUGCCACCUCCAGUCUUGGUGAUGUGGCCUGCACUUCCCCCUUAACUGCAGCUCCUGUGAAAAGAAUUUUGAGCCUGGAACGGAGAGGAGGGAGAACUACUGAAACAGUCAGACACCUUUACCAAAAGGCCCUAAAAUCCAGGAGGAAGCCACGAGUAGGGACAGAGGACCAGGAGGACCACUUCUGCCACACUGCUGUUCAAACCAGCAACACCCAAGGGCCGUUUCAGAGAAGUUGUGCCCUGCUCCAACCCCCUCACAGUGCUACUCAGGAUGGAGAAGUGGCCAUUGUGGAGUCUGGGGCAUUUCCCACCUCCAGCACCCACAAGGCCUCAGGCUGGCAUAUCCCAGCAGAAGAUCAAAGAUCUAUUCAGCUCGCACCAUCAAGCCCUUGCACCCACCUGGAUGCUCCCCUUGCCAUCUUCACAGAUCCUUUCCUUCCCACAUGUGGGCUAGAAGGGGGUGUGAGGAGGAUUACCCAUAGAGAUAUUCCCUAACAGCCCAGCCCAACAAAUGAUAAACUGGUUAUGGUUACCAAAGACCCAGCCAGGCUAGAAACAUACCAGCCUUCUUAGGCUUCAACCAAAACACAGAAGGAGGGAGCAAAAGGAGAAGCUGCUGUGUUUUAGUGUUUCUGAGCACACUGCAAUUCUUUGGAGAUUGCAGGUGGCCAGCUUCAGAUUAGUUCAUUUUCCACCUGGCUCUCUGUGGCCAGGUACAAUCUUUUAGAGCAGGGAAACAGGGAUUGCAGAAGAGAAACACACCUCCAAAGGGGAAAUUUUAUGACCAGCCUCCCCCAGCUGCUCCUCUCCCAGCAGCAAAAAGCAGAAACAGCCCCAACAAGCAGAGAAACACUGACGCACCUCACCAUCCAGGCUGCUCUUAAAUAAAGCUUUCCUGAGAGGGCCUCUGACAUCAUCCUCCGAACGUCUUGUUCAGCUGCAGGGUGGCGCUGAUGGAGCAGCACGAGGGCUUGUGCCCCUUGUUUGUUACUUAGUUGGUGGAGUGGGGUGAGUCUGUUACUCAGAGAACAGCUCUGUGGACCUUUUCCGAUGUGGCACCUCAGCUCAAGUGAGGUUACAACUUAACAGCAGUGCAAGCUAUCUGAACAGCCACUAGAGCACAUUAUGUUCCCUUUUUCCUCAUUUUCACAGCUCUCCUGUGACUUCUGGAUCCUCUGCUUCAUAAAUUCAACCAUGCUGGCAGAAUACUAACAGGGCAACCCCACCUAUCAUGUAGAGAUUAACUAAACUGCUCAAGAACACCAGAGUCAGCACAGGGGAUGGAAGAAAGGGGCUUCCCUGCCAGCCCUUCAGCCACUGCAGACAUUUGGAAUGACUCAGAGACGCCAGAGAAACCUGGGGAGGAAUCAUCACACAGGAAACUGGGCAAGCUGACCAUAAAGUACAACCGCAAAGACCUACAGCGCUGGCUGGACCUGGAGGAAUGGAUCAACACCCAGCUGCAGGAGCUGUACCAGUGCCGGCUAAGGGAGGAAACAGAGGCAGCAGCUCCUGAACCACAAAUUGAUCUUGAGGAUCUCCUGGAGGUCCCUAAUGAAGAACAGAAAAUAAAAUUACAGGAAAUCCUCCAUGAGUGCUCCAGCCCCACAGAGGACUUCAUUACGGAAUUGCUCAGUCGAUUGAGAGGUCUCAGAAGAGUCACCAAUCCUCAGAAGAAAUGACCUUGCUCACAUGGAAAACCCAGCUCUGAUUAAAAGGAAAUGUGUAUCUUCCUGACAAAAAACAGGAUCAGCAACAGAACUUCUGAAUGUGUUUAGGACUUAUUAUUACUGACAAACUUCACCAAGUUUGUGAACUCUGUACCAGUGGUUUGAAGUCUCCACUCCUUCCAGAUCGACACACACAGCAGGGAGCUAGACUGUACAUUUUCCUGAUUCUUAAAGCGUGUGUUAACCUGAGGAAGAGGACAAGAUUUCUCUCCUUUAGAUUCUUCUAGGAAUCUCCAUGCUGGCCAAGGAGCACUGAAUACAAUUCUCAGGAGCUCAUCAAGACUUCUUUUUUUCAUCCACUGCAACGAAAACAAGGCAUUGGUUAUCACUCAUUCAUCAACAUGGAAAAUCAGCCACUGUUAAGCUGCACCUCAUUUCAGUCUGGCUUAAACCCAACUGUGAUCUCCUGCCUGUUACUGCUGUACAUGACUCUACAGCAUUGCACAUACUUUGUAAGUCUUACUAAGCCUCUCUUAUUUAUGGAGGUUGGAUAGAAAAUAUAUGAUAGUUUGGAUGCACCUGGUUUUCCUAAGAAGUUUGUGAAACAGCUGCUACAGCUAAUGGCUAUUUUUUUUCCAUUUUGUGGAAUUUAAGACUUAAAACCUAGAAGCCUUUUCUAAAGGAACAAGGUCUGGGAAUGAUUUUUCUCCUAGUUUAAAAAGAUGUUGGAAAAUACUUAUUUUAUAUUAAAGCAGAAAAAACCAGCCAUGCACUACUCGGUUUUGCUCUCUCUUUAGAUUCUAAAGAAAACCUGAAGUAAAAAAUACCUGCUCCCAAGUUCCCUUCAGGGAGCAUCUCGGAGCGAGACUUUUGCAGACAGGUAGGUCUCACAAAUGAGCAGGGAAGUAGGACACAGUACCUUGCUGCACAAACUCUUCUGGCUACAACUAAUAUUUGCCUGGAAAAAUACAGAGGAAACUACAUCCAGCCUCUCAGCAAGUCAGUAACUUGACACAUGGACUAGGACAUAAGACAGCAAAUGGAGGCUGAUUGCUUAGGCAGAGCGCUCUCACAUUAUGCCCUGUCCCUACAUUGAUACCUGCCAUGCAAACACAAGAGAUGAGUGUGAGUCACAUCCAGAGGAGCUCCUACAGAGCAGAACAUUCAAGGCCAGCUUUUGAGUACAUCUUUUGUGUGUUUGGUGAACCAGGCAGAAGGGACCAACUACGGAACGAGAGGGACAUGCAGGUUAGCUAACAAAGACAAACAAGGAUUCUUGGGCUGAACCAGUAAUAUCUUAAAUGCAUUAGUCUUUCCAUCUUUAUCAGUAGCAGAGUGAUGACUAUUAUCUUGUUCUUCCUUCCUAUUUUCCAGCUGUCAGUGAAUAAACUGUAGUUUGUGUCCUCUAAGAAGACAAAAUCCAAGCUGCAGUAACAACUGUGAUGUAAGGGUCUGCUUCCUUUCACAUGCUUUUCUUGUAUCUGACUGGAAGCUGGCAAGCCAUGGACCUCAUGUCUUGUUCUAAGACUGCUCCAAGGUGUUCUAAAGCUCACCCACUAGGCUGGAGAAAUGGUCUUUCUCUAUCAGAUCCAAUAUAUGUCUUUGGUAGCCCUGGGAACAUGCCCAUUUUGGCUUAAUAAGGGGCUAGUGGGACAUGCCUACCCUCAAGAAAUCUCAACUUAAUCAGUAACAUAACAAAAAAAAUCCAGACCUGCAAUGGUUGCAGAUCUGGCUUAAGGAUGACACCUGCUAACACUCAUGUAACACACCCCUUGAGAAAGGAGAGCAGCACAUUAACAAAAAGCUCUGAGCACUGGUAAAAAAAGACUAGGAUCAAACAGAAGUGCAGGUGGAAGAGCUAGGUGGAUGGGUGGAUAAGGAGAGUGUCCUAAACUAGAGAUGCAAUUAGCUACAGCACAGCAGUAUAGGAGUUCAGGUUAGUUACAUACCCCACUAACAGGCUUUGUUUUAUUCUGCCGAGCUGCAACAGCACAAAGACAUGACAUGCCUCUCCUCUGGCCCAAGAGAAAUAGCUUCUUUCCCCUGGGAACGGUUCUACAGAACAGUAUUUCCUCAAUAUGGAGUGACGCAAAAAGAAUUUUUUGUCUGUGCUUUAAGGUAGACAUUGUUAGAAUCAAAGACAAAGCAGGUUCUGAAAACUCUGCUUGACCAAAGUUGUCUUUAUGCUUAUUCUGCAAGCAGCAGGCACAGAGUAAGCUGCAGACCCUAUCAUGUGCAGUUGGUUCUGAUACAUAAGGAAUUCUGAUAUAUAAUGAUACCUGAGAGCACUUCAACUGAGCACACUGAGAUCAGGGGAGCAAGGCAACAUGUGGCCAGUGGUAGAUGGUUUCUCAGCUCACUGGUGUAAAAGAAAAAGCCAUGUAAUGCAAUCAGAGUAACUUCUUUUUUGUUUCAUUCUUAAACAAUAGUAAAGCACACUUGGUUUGAUUUACGUUUUGGCUGUUCUCCCACUAGACCACAAGGAUAGAUUAAAAUCAAUGCUUGAAAAAUUUUUGUUACAAACAUCUUCCAGUUAACUUUGCUGUUUCUCAGUAUCACCACUAGCAAAAGUAUGUAGAUACUAUCUAUGAAUGUUGCUUGAAAGGAGCUUUGCCCUCUAGAUUAUAGAAAGAUAACCCAAUGUAUGCAAGUUCAUGAACUUUUCUAAUUUGAAUUCUUAUUGGAGUUGAGCCCACAUUCGAUAAUUCACAUAUAUAACAUUUUGAAAGGGAAAGAAAAUCCCUCAUGACUUGCUACAAAGACAAGAGCAAAGAAGUUGAAUCUCUUUCUUGAAGAUGCCAAGCUGUCUUCUGUCCUUGAACAGCUAUGACUGAAGUUGAUCUGGCCUGUCAGGAAUUGACUGAUUACCAGUAUCUUUAUUUACCAGCACCUUUUCAGAGACAAGGAUAGGGAGUAAGUAACACAGCUAACAGUGCACUGCCCUCUUAAAGGUCAUGCAGCAUUCCUCUUUCACAAUACAGAUUCAGCUAGGUGUGCUUCCUGCAGACAGCCCAUCUGGAUACCCCUCUGCCCCUCCUACAUGGAGUUCACUGAGGCAACAGCUACAGUAGGAAUGGCUUUUCAGGGGAAAGUGAUUGGGCUACUACUAAAAUGCCCCAUUACAUGCAGAAAGUGCAGCAGCCACAAAAAUGUCCAUUAGUGGUGCAGGGAAAGCAGCAGCUUGUGUCUGUAUGACUUGAAGAGAGUCUUCCAUGUAUGACUAAGUUCUAUUUCAGGUAAUGGGUUGGGUGCAUUUCUGGAUUCCUUAGGAUGGCCCCACAGAAACCAAUGUGGGAAUCUAAAUAAACUGCUUCCGGCUGCAACCUGCUCCAUUAAUACUGAUGUGAACAGGGCAGGGCUUACAAGGCAGAGGCUGCCUAGCUGCAAGGGAGCUCAAAGUUUUGUUGUGCCUGAUGAAGCAUUCAAAAAUGUUGCAAGUAUCAUACCAGCUCAUACUAAGAUAUUGAAAAAAACAGCAGCUGUAGAUCAAGAAACAAAAUUACUACUAACUGCUUGGGAAGACACAGGCUGAAACCCAAAGCAGUGGAUCAAUUUAGGAGAGAAAUAAGAACAGAUAGCUGCAUCUUCCCCUGUAUAUGUAAAACAUGAAGGCUUUAACCUCAGAUAGAACUGGGCUGUCUUACUACCAGACUAAUUGUCCAUGUCAAAUAGCAAUGAAAAAGUGUCACUCCUAUGAUAACAUAAAUAAAGAACAGCAUUUUGUUUUGAUUUUUAAGACUGCAAGCUCCUCAGGGCUUACUUAAAUAGCUUACUUAAAUUUUGUGUGUCGUAGGGUUAAUUGUGAACUCUUGCAUCAGAACAAUUCAAAUAGUUUUCCCAUCUACCUGCCCAAAGGAGACAGGCAGUGAUGAAGAAAGGGCUGCCAGGAGAAAGAAGAUCCUCCACAGAAGUCGGGUUUUGCCACCCCUUCCUAAGCAAAGCUUUUGAUGGCACUGCUGGAUACACUUGCCAUUUUUAGUGUGUUGACCUAAAGUAUUACUAUUCUACAUUGUUUGAACCAGCUUUUUGUUGAAGAGUCUGAUCCAGAGCAACACAUUAGCAGAAACCCACCUUCAACAGUGGUUUCAUUCAUUUGCUGUCCUCUGACCAGAGGUGCAGGUAAACACAGUUUCAUCACUUCACCUUGGAGGCACUGACCUUAAGCACCGGGGCAAGGCAGACAUCUGGGAGUGGCAGUGUCAAACCAGACAGGCAAGAUUCAUUGGAAAUUCCCUGUCAAGGGCAAAUCCUUAAUUUUGUUGCAAUUGGAAUUGUCAGCCUUAGAGAGCUCUCUCAGAAGGCACAUUAUUUGGAAAGAGCUCAUCCUGAUGGAAUAAUAGAGCAUGUUUACAGCCAAUUUACUUGGGUAUUUGAAGCAAUUCUGGGUGUUCUGGGCACUGGCAAGUGCCACUUGCAUCUGGAUUGUCUCCCAGGAGGGAUAUGGACAUAUGCAACUGAGCUUUGCUCGCAACCAGAUGAAGAGCAUCACACAGGUAACAUUUUUAUCUUACCAGGUGACCAAAUAAUAAACAAAGUCAAGUUCUGCUUUCAGACUUAUACGUAGCUCUUUCAGACUAACAUGUUGCUCUUACAGAUGACAUGACCUUGGCACAGCCACUGCAGGCCACAACACUGUAUCAGUAGCAGAUUACCUUUUCAAAGGAUCCUUCCUUUCAUGCCAGUGAGCAACAUCUCCCUGCAUCUUUUCCAGACGUGCCACAGAAACAUUUUUGAUGACUUCACUAUUCUUCAUUUCUUUCCCUAAGCUGCUUGACACUAGGAAUAACAUACCAUUAUAAGAAAGCAACACUUUGAUAAGGGCUAUCAGGCAUUUUCAGGAGAGACUUUAACCACAGGCCUCUGUAAAUAAUUUUUAUUAUGCUUUGCAAGUUCCCAUCACACACAUGAUCACAAUGCAGACAUUUUUCUCAGUGCAAAGUGCUUUCCUGCCUGUAGAACCAGUGUAUAAGCUGUUAGUAAAAGCAGGAAGUUAUUUAUCAGCCAGUCAGUACUGCCUUAAACACACAUCUUUACUGCUACCCACAUUGUCUUACCAUCUGUAUUUACAGACUUGUAUCCACCUCUUCAUAUCAAGUUCUCAUUUAUCCCCAAGCAUGCACAGCAAACCCUGCACUUCUCAGGUGUAUUUGUGAACACCAAGUCACACACCCUCCAAGCCUCUCUCAAAUUACAGCACAUCCUUUAACUGUCCAAAACAUCACCCGUUUUGGCUGCAAAUCCACUUAGAUUCUUCCCAUCUGGCUGGCUUCUCUAUUUUCCCAUUCUCCAGCUCCUCUUCUGCCCAUAAGUGUGGUCACUUCUGUUUGCAAGGAAGAUGAUAGCGGGAGGUGUGGUGGUCCUUCAGGUCAAACUCCUCAUGGCCUUCC